AUGGCGCAAAACACCCUCGACAUGGCAAUGUGGACCGACGCCCUGCGCGCUAAAUUCGCCCCCGAAACCACCACCUCAUCCCCCUAUACCCGAGCAGAAUUCGACCAACUCCUCGGUUCCUGGAGCGCCUGCGUAGACCAACCCGCCUUCGUCUUCGCCGAGGAACUCAUACUCGCCUAUCCCGAAGCCAAGAUCAUCUUAGUCGAGCGAGACGAAGAGAAAUGGUAUAAGAGUUUCUCAGAGACCGUGAUAGCGGGUUCGGCGAGCCCGGCGAUUCCGUAUGCGGCGGUGCUGAGCCCGGAGUUCUUGCGCCAGUAUGCGAUGCAGACAGACCUUAUGGCCUGGCAUGUCUUUGGCGUCACUUAUCCGCACGGCACCAGGGCGUUCUGGGAUAACGGGCAUUUCUUCGAUCAAUGGAGGGAGAAUGCAAGAGCGACCUAUAGGCAGCACUAUGAGAAUGUGAAGCGUUUGGCGCCGGAAGAUAAACUGUUGAUGUUUGAUCUUGAGCAUGGCUGGGAACCAUUGUGUAAGGAAGUGCCUAACGUGCCGUUUCCGAGGGUCAAUGAGACGAAAAUUGUGCAGGAGAAGAUUCAACUAUAUAUUGCCAAGAGCUUGAGGAGGGCGGCGGUAAGGAUUGGUAGUAAGGUAAUACCUGCUCUUGUGACUCUGAUGGCAGUCGGUUGGUACUGGUCGCGAAGAUAG